CGCGUGGGGCUCAGCGGGCAGGUCGUUCGUCAGUCUGAGAGAAGAGGAGCAGCAGGGGGAGACGGAGCAGCCUCCUCUCCUCUCUUCUCCUCUCUGUAACCACAGCCUCUUUGCUCUCUGUCUCUCUCUCUCUCUCUCUCUGUCUCGCUUUCUCUCCAACUCCUCUGGAACAACUGUCAGACAGCAGGAUUCUCCCCUCAUCGCUCUCGGCUUCUUUUUCAGUUGCACCUCUUUUUAAAAUUUUUACUUCAUCUCACCCCACUGCGCUCUCCAGCACCUCCAGAAAUGUGAGCAGACAACGAGGACCCCCUGCCGUCCGCGAGUUGUCUCCUCUGUGCUUCAGAGGACGGAACAUCUUCAUCAUCUUCUAACCCCCCCUCCCCCCCCUUUUUUUUUCUUUUUUCCUUUCUUAUUUGGACGAGCUUUUCCGUGAUGUAGGGGAAGGAGCGCGGUCAUUUCAGCGCCAGGAUGCCAACUACGAGUCUUUUUCUGUUUUGCGCAUCUCACAGCUCCGUCACCACCGGCGUGGUGAGGAGGAAACAAACAAGUGACAGAUAAGCGCGGAGGUAAAGUUUGAGGACACCUCUUCAGGUUUCCCGCUCACCUAUCCUCCUGCACGCGCGCGCCCCUCACCUUUCUUAACCGCUCGCGAGGAAGAUCAGCGUCAGUAGAACAAUUGACAAGCAACUUGAAAGAGAGCUGACUAUUGCUGUGGCAUCCGCACGGGGAUCUGGCAGCGCGGUCGGAGGAAUUUGAUGUGCGCAACGUCGAAGGAUACGGCGUAAAUGAUGUUUGCGUUGAUGACAGCUGGAGUACGGUCCGUCACUUGAGUGUUUGUGUUCAUUUAACCAGCUAUUGUCGACUUUUGGUGGAAACCCGUGUAAAUGGGAGGGCACCAGGCGGACUGAGACGGAUUUUGCAGUCGAGAAAAAUGUGGAUAAAACGGAGUGUGGUGCGCAGUCCAUCUGCUCUGAGGCCAGGCAGCUGUGUGGGACACCGAGUGUGGAUCCUGCUGGCCAUGACCCAUCUCACUCUGGACUUCUCAGUGUGCAGUCCACUCAGUCAAGGUCUGGGGAUCAAACUCACGCCCAAGCCGGUGCCUCGCUCGCGGCCUCGCUUGCAGCCCCUGUGGGACACGCCCAAUAAGCUACACUGGAGAACAGUGAGCCCAUUGGCCCACCGACUUUUCAGCCCUGCCUCUCUACCCAAAGACUACAGGGCAGGGAUUGGGUCAAAAGUCAAGGGACAGCAGCAUCGGAGUCCAGCACAUAAAGGAAAAGCAACGUGUAAAGAAUGCCAGUUGAGAUACUCUCAAAUGCAGACAGGUGGUCCUUUGGCUCUUAUAGCAGAAGUUCCAGAAGCUUUAUCCAGCAGGAGCAGAGGAGUAGACAGAGUAAGGUUGUUACUUAGAGCCAGAAGGCAGCUCAAAUCUGACAGCCACGACAAGUCUCAGGAGGGCCGGACUACCACUGUGGCUGGAUUUAUUGACUGGGGACCCACAGGUCCAGAUAACAUAGAUGGGGACAACAAAGAGGAGCCAAAUGUAACGCUGUUCCCGCGGGUCUCAUCUACCACAGUGGCCACAACGACUAGCACGACAACCAGGUCCUCCAAAAGGAUGUUCUCUGUAGUUACCACACCAGAGCCCAAGAGGGCGAGCACCACCAAGGCCCCGAUCAGCUCGGAGACUGUAAAACCACCAAAGCCAUAUGGGGAUACACCAGGUUUGGCAGUUCACCAGAUUAUCACAAUCACUGUGUCUCUUAUUAUGGUCAUCGCAGCCUUGAUCACAACACUCGUCCUUAAGAACUGCUGUGCACAGUCUGGAAAUGGUCGCCACAAUAGCCAUCAGCGCAAGAUCCACCAGCAGGAAGAGAGCUGCCAAAAUCUGACAGACUUCACCCCGGCCCGGGUGCCCAGCAAGGUGGACAUAUUCACUGCCUACAAUGACAGCCUGCAGUGCUCCCAUGAGUGCGUCCGGACUGCUGUGCCCAUCUACACUGAUGAGAUGAUUCAGCAGACGCCCGUCUACAAGACAGCUUACAAUGGAAACAGACCCUCCCCCACUGAGCGACAGCUGAUUCCUGUGGCCUUUGUGUCCGAGAAAUGGUUUGAGAUCUCCUGUUGACGUGCUGAAGGCCUUGUUCACUUGGUGUGGGUGGAGAGAGACUCUCUGAAAUCAUGCUCUGGCCAAAUAUGGAUACCAGCACUCCCCCUUCAACCAGUACAAAGAUCCAACUGGAAACAAGAGACACACAAGAAACAGCUUCUUUUGUUAAGUAGUGUAAUCUCUCGUUGGACACAGGUGAAGAUAUUUAUUUUUCUAAAGCUGACGAGCAGAGCAGCCACACCGCUGCCAAUCCAUAUUUCCAGGAACAUACAGUCAUUUAGAUAUAGGUUACAUGUAGGAAUAUUUACAGGAUGUGUGGGGCAAAACUGUGGUUAUCACAGAUGUCUUGAGGAAAACAAAACAAACACUGGACAUUUGGAAAAGGAACCUAGGGAACUGCUGUGGGUGGAAGAUGAACUGUAUUCAUGAACAAUGUGCCAAUAAUGCCACUAUGUGCCACAACCUGGAUAGAAAGACAUUUCAACAACAAUUGAUGGACUUAACAAAGAGCGUAUAUUAACCCUGUAUUGAUUCCAGUUGCAUUUUUUUUGUUUGUUUUUUUAAAGAAAGUUUAAAGUUAACAAAAAAAUGCUACAAAAUGUAUUUGAACAUGUUUUCAAAUAGUUUAAGAAAUGUGUUGCAAAAGAGUCUUAAAGGUAUUUAUAAAGAUAUUGUUGGAAAGAAGAGGGUAAAUGAGAGGGAGGAGGGAAAAAAAAGAGAAAA